UCGACAAGAUCUUUCCUAGUAACCCUCCGAUAGACGUUCGAAGUAAUCAACCAUCCGUACCACAUCUUCUCCAUCCUAAAUACUCAGCUAGAUACUUGUAAUCUACAUCGCUGUCAUCCUCAACCACCCAAGCAUUUGGGAUCCUUCAGAUAGAACAAAAAAAAACCGUCAAGCUAAAGCUUGAACGAAACCACAAAAACAAGAUGUCUUCGCUGGAUAACUCGACGACGACUACAGCGAGUGUUGAGGAUGAGUGUAGCAACAUUGCACCUAUCAAUGAGCAACUCCCAUUACGGAUCGCUGCAAUUUUCAUCAUCCUUGUCACUUCCAUGCUUGGCACAUUAUUUCCCGUUCUCACCCGGCAAUCCAAGCGACUCUCCGUCUCUCCCUGGAUAUACGAAGCCGUCAAAUACUUUGGCAGUGGGGUCAUCCUGGCAACUGCACUCAUUCAUCUCUUGGCCCCUGCAAACAAAGCACUAUCGUCUCCAUGUCUGUCAGUCGGGUGGUCGCUAUAUCCGUUUUCACAGGGCAUAACAUUAGCCUCGAUCUUUGUAAUUUUCAUCAUCGAAAUCAUUGCCAUUCGAGUCGGAACUUCACGCCUCGCAGCUCUAGGACUCAAGUACUGUGCCCAUGGGAUUGGUGCCGAUCAACCCCCAACACACGAAGCCACCGCUCCCUCAGCUUCCGGCGCACAUCACACACAUGACACUAAUGAUCGACUGGAGUCAAAGUUGGACAAGCUUAGCGAGGAAACCGUCGCUACGCCCGCGUGCUUGCCCAGCGCCGAAGUAGGCUCGCAACUUAUAGGAGCCGCUAUCUUGGAGCUAGGCGUUAUUUUUCACAGCGUUGUGAUUGGCCUAACCCUCGCAGUGAAUGCGCAAUUCACCACGUUUUUCUUGGUGAUCAUCUUUCAUCAAAUGUUCGAAGGUUUGGGCUUAGGCGCAAGGCUCUCGCAACUCUCACUCCCGACGCGAUACAGACGAUUACCACUCUGGGCGAGCCUGCUCUACUCCUUUGUCACCCCGCUUGGGUUGACAAUAGGUUUAGGACUACGAAACACCUACAACCCGAAUUCUGCGACCGCAUUGAUGGUCUCGGGAUGUCUCGACUCUUUCUCCGCCGGAAUCCUGCUCUACACUGGACUUGUAGAGCUUUUGGCCCACGACUUUGUGUUCAAUAAAACCUUGCUCUUGGAGCAUAGUAAUUGCAGGUUGACGUUCGACAUCGUCUGUGUUGUUUCUGGGGCUGGAUUGAUGGCUCUGCUAGGCCGAUGGGCUUGAAAUCGCAGAUGCAGUAAUCCGGGUUGUCAGUAAAAAAUAAAAACAGUAGAAUCUUACGAUUAAUCCUGACUUCGAAAGUUUGGAAUGCGAUCCUCUACCUCAAAUCACUCAACCUGAUCGGACCCUCAUACAUUUCGCCAUCGGCACUUCAUUAAUACCCCUCCACUUUGCAUUUCAUUUUCGGAAGCAACUCCUCAACUUAUCGGAUCGGGAUUCGAGCUCGAUGUACAAUACAGUUUUAUCAAUCAAUUUUCUUCGUCUAUGAAUAACCAGCCUAACCGCACAACUUCGUUUUUUUUAUUUCAUUUUUUUCAUUUUUUUUCAACAACUUAUCAAAUGGUUGUACGCUAUUUGUUUAAAAGAUUAAGCUUAAAAUCAUUCUUAUAGAAAUGUAUAUUGUUAUCACACCUGUCUAAGGAGAAAGUUCAAUCUAUCGAGUUGACCCCCGAAUUCGAUAUACAUAUAGGCAAAUAAUUGAAUGUAGUUUAUCGUUCCGACUUUGUUGGCCGUCGGUUAGGGCACUGUUAAAUGAAAGUGGUCCUUUGUUUUCAACCCACAAGGAAUCAAGGCUCUAUCCGUAUAAGAAAAUCAUCAUCAUACAUGGCCG